AGCCAACCAGAAAGGAAGAAAGGAAGCGCGCGCGCCUUUCGCUAUACUGGCUCGUGAAUUUCGUUCGACCGCCCCUCUCGCGCCCGCGAAGUUAGGCGGGUGGGGCAUUCCCAUAUAAGAGGUUGGAAACAUGGCUGAAGUUAAGCAAAGAAGGAAAGCUAACCUUUCAGGCAAAUCAACUGAAGAUCAAGGGAAGACAGCACCGAUGUUGAGGACUACUGGUGAUGAAAAGUCCGGCUGGUGGGACCCACGAACAGCCUCAAGUUUACUGUCCCUUAUAGCUUGCCUAGGGCUGACAUGGUUUCUUUUUCAGCAGUCAGCUCAGCUGGCUGAAGUGGAAGAGAAAUACUAUUUAUUAAAGCAGGAAGCUGCCAAGUUUCAAGAUACAGAAAAUAAGAUUAACUUAAUAUCUGAAAAGUGUGAGAAGACAUUAAGCUUAAUGGAACAACUGGAAGAUCUUCAUAUAAUUGCUCAGAUGAAGCGACUGCAGGAGGAAGUGAACACCAUGCAGAUCUGGUCUAGUAAGUUAAGUCAAGAAGAAGAGGAGCUUCAGCAGAACUUAACAUCUCUCUUUCGUGCAGUUACUAAGUAUGAGGAGAUUAUAACUUCAGUAACUAAUAACUUCUCUGUAAAGAUUGCUGCUGUGAAGACUGAUAUUAGACGCAUUUCAGGUCUUGAAGCAGAUGUAACCUCACUGGUAGAGAAUCUACAUACUCUAGAAGACAAAGUUGAUAAAGCUGAAAAGACUACAAUAAAAAGUAUAGGGACUCUCCUUACAAACAGCAUUGACAGGACUACAAUACUACGGAGUUCUGCAUCUGAAAAUGCCAGACAAAUAGAACACAUUAAGACAAAAUCAUCUGAGCUGAAUGCUGAACUUAACAAGCAAUUAAAUAAGCUUUUAGAUUUGGAAAGUGAUAGAGCCAAAGUUCUUACAACAGUAGCCUUUGCAAAUGACUUAAAACCAAAAGUACACAACUUAAAGAUGGAUUUGGCACACUUGGAACCAAUGCUAGAUGAACUAACAUUAAGAAUAGGAAGACUGCUUGGGGAUCUAAUGGAAAGACAGAAAGAAAUUUCUUUCCUGAGUAAGAAACUCGUCAAUUUGACUUCUGCUCAGAGUGAUGUUAAGACUAUGAGUGAUGAGCUAAGUGAAGUUUCAGAUUUGAAAUAGUCCUAUCACAUCAAGCCUCAGUUCUAGCACUGCUUGAGGUUGCUGGGUUACUCUUCAAGAUUUAAGUUUUGGGGUUGAAGCAGUAGUGAAUUUACGAUUAUCUGCUUACAGCAAAUUGAAUUCAUAGAGUAAAAUGUGCAUAAGAUGGUGCUGUCAUGUUCACUACAACUUACACCCAAGGAACUAUUGAGGACUACAGCCUUGCAAGUAGGAGUGUCACAUAUAAUUGAGUUACAUUCAAUCAAUGAUAACUAGAUCAAAAAUUCUUUUAUAAACCACAAAGUUGUGUUUGUAAAACAUGUUUCAGUAAGUCUUGAAUGGUAUUGGAUGUUAAAAAGAUGAUUGCAGACCAAAAAUAGAUUAAACCAAAAGAAUAAUGCAAGCAGAAUUCUGCUCAAUGUCCCCACACAUUGAAGUACAGUAAGGAAAUCUCCCCUUCCACAUUAGGGGCAGGCUCUGCGGAUCAGCAGCCCUCCCAUUUUUCAGGAAACCUAUUCUGGAGGCAAGUUUGAUGAUUUGUCUGAAUCUACAGAUUGACUGUAAAAAGGGGGGGAAAUCCUCCAUAUUUAGAGUUGAGAACUGACAUCAACUGGGUAAUAUAAUAUGCACACACUUAUAAGGUAUUUUAAAAAAGUUGUUCAAUACCUUUUAUGGGUGGAUUGUAGACCCAUGUUUAGAGUAGUACUGUAUACAGUUUCAGUCACUCCAUCUCAAAUGAGAGCUAAUAAAGUUAUAUAAAAACAUGACUGAGUGCGUAGAAGAAAAAUUACUAGGGACAUUUGUAUACCUGUGGGAAAUGAUUUUUCUUGAAAUAGAAUUCUGGGUCCCCUAAUCAAUUCAUUGGCAGAAAAAUGACUUUACAAAUACAUCUCGAUGGAGUUCAGUUGCAUGCAGUAUAAAUGGUGGCAAACAGCUUUUAAAUGGGAGGGUAUUUCCAAAAUCCUGAACGGCCACUGCCAAGGUAGAUGACCCAAUGGUUCGAUUUAGGAAGCCAUGCAGUUAUUAGACAUUGGAAUCAAAUUGAACUUUUCAAAUAAAUUACAUUACUAAA